AUGAAGAUGCAAAAAUCCCUCGCUCUGAACGUGAUCAUUCUGACGGCAGUUGCUUCUGGUCCAGUUCCCUGGGAAGAGGGGCAAGAACGCUCCCACAAACUCCUACUAGUUUCUUUCGAUGGGUUCCGGUGGAAUUAUGAUCAGGAUGUUGACACCCCAAACUUUGACAAUUUAGCGAAGGACGGAGUAAAGGCAAAGUAUAUAACACCUCCUUUCGUGACCAUGACUUCGCCGUCUCAUUUCACAACCAUCUCUGGUCGCUGGAUCGAAGACCAUGGGGUGAUCCAUAACAUGAUGUUCAACACAGAGACACUGAGGAAAUACAGCCACAAGGCAACGCAGAACAAGACGGAGUGGUGGGACAACGGAGUACUUCCGCUGUGGAUCACCGCUCAGAAUCAGGGGAAAAAAACAGCCUCGUUUCAUUAUCCCGGGGGUGGUGCUAAUUACAGUGGCCAGUCGGUUAACCGAAGCUUGGUCGAGGCCUUUGACCACCCUGACGCCAAUGAGACAGAAUGGCAAGAGAAUAUUGAUAUUGUCAUGAACUGGUUCACCCAAGAAGAUUUUGAUUUUGUCACCCUGUAUUACGGUGAGCCCGAUAACGUAGGUCACAAGUUUGGCCCUGAAACCGAAAACAGGAAAGUUAUAAUCCAACAGAUCGACCGCACCAUCGGGUACCUGACGGCAGCAAUUGAAAAAUACGGCUUGAAAGACACCCUUAAUGUCAUAAUUACGUCUGACCAUGGUAUGACUACUGUCAAGAAAAAUCCAGAUGUCGAGGAGAUCUUUUUGGCCAAACAUAUUAAAUUCAGUGACUUGGUGAAGUUUGACAUUCUAGACUAUGGUGGGUUUGGCAUGAUCCUGCCUAAACCGGGAAAAGAAGAAGAAAUUUAUCAAGUUCUGAAAAAUGUCCACCCUCACCUCAAGGUGUACAAAAAGGAAGAGUUUCCAGAAGACUUCCAUUAUGCAAAACAUGAACGAGUUUUGCCAAUCUUGCUUUAUGGGGAUCCUGGUUACAGUGUCAACGGGAGGCUUAUCUUAUACAUUAACAAAGGCGAUCAUGGAUUUGACAACAAAGACUCAGAUAUGAAGACCAUCUUUCGAGCUUUCGGUCCCAGCUUCAAAAAGGACUACUUAGCUGAACCUUUCGACAGCAUUCACAUUUAUCCACUGAUGUGCCACCUUCUGGGAGUCCAACCAGAACCCAAUAAUGGCUCACUAGAAUUCACUCUGGACAUGCUCAAUUCGGCAGCAUCAGGGUGUUUCCUUCUACCCAUAAUUGUAGGAGUGGCGAUAGUGGCCCAUCUUGUGGUAUCCAUUUGAACUGCCACGUACAGGAUGAUUCAACAGAAGAAACCACCAUCCCAGUGUGGAAAAAAGAUUUUGACAUUGUUACGAUGCAUCAACUUCGUUGUCACAGAAGGAAUCCCAGUAGAAUGAAAUCGU